AUAUCGCUAUUAUGGAGUUCUACUUAUAAGCUGCCAAACCCAACCUUCCAACAACCCAGAGGUUAACUACCUCCGUAGUCGCGUCAAGCUCCUCGAAGAGGAUAACGACUACGUCAACAAAAUGAACGACGAGCUGCGAGAGCAAAACGACCGCCUCAUCACCGAAAAUGAGGAGCUUAAAGAGAAGCUGCAAGGAUUACACAGUUCUAUAUAUAUAUCUAAUAUGAAGAUACGGAGUCAUUCAUUUUCACCCAACCGUCGUAUCAACAUCAACUACUCAGUCCGUUCAACCCGGAAGCGCGCCGGGAGUAAGCCUUACAUUCAGCUCCGGGGCCCACAAUAACACGGCCAGCGACGCAUUCCUUGCUACGACAGUUGCAAGAAGUUGACUACCGCCUUGCCGAUUAUGCUGACAACUACGAAAGA